UUGUGUGAGCUGAGCUGAACUGAACUGGCGCGCCACGACGGACGGACACCACCAACGUUACCUUCUGUGUGUGGCCGUGGGGGGACGCGUCGCGCGCCAUGACCACCGCCACUGCCAUCGUCGCCGGCCACGGCAUCUCCUUCCGCCGGAGCCUCCACCUGCCGAACCCUCCGGGGAAACCAGGCUCCGCCUCCUUCUCCGUCGCGCGGCCCCACGCGCACUACGGCCGCCUCGCCGUUCCGGCCACCUCGCCGUCGCCGAGGCCGUGCCGGUCCAUCUCCUCCGAGAGCCCCACGGCCGACACCGUCGAGGACGAAGAGGAGCCGCCCGUGACGAAUGAGGAGGAGGACGAUGUGGACCCGCUGGCGGAGGUGUGCUACCUGGACCCGGACGCGGACGCGGAGGGGAUCCGGGAGUGGGAGGUGGACUUCUGCUCGCGCCCCAUCCUGGACGCCAGGGGCAAGAAGGUGUGGGAGCUGGUGGUCUGCGACGCCACGCUCUCCCUCCAGUUCACCCGCUUCUUCCCCAACACCUCCAUCAACAGCGUCACCCUCCGCGACGCGCUCGCCUCCGUCGCAUCCUCCCUCGGCGUGCCGCUCCCGGACCGCGCCCGCUUCUUCCGGUCGCAGAUGCAGACCAUCAUCUCCCGCGCCUGCAACGAGCUCGGGGUCAAGGCCGUGCCCAGCAGACGAUGCGUCUCCCUGCUGCUCUGGCUCGAGGAGCGGUACGAGACCGUGUACAGCCGCCACCCGGGCUUCCAGAAGGGCACCAAGCCGCUGCUCACGCUCGACAACCCCUUCGCAUCCAACCUACCGGAUAACCUCUUCGGCGACAAGUGGGCCUUCGUGCAGCUCCCCUUCUCCGAUGUGAGGGAGGAGGUGGAGUUGCUGGAGAGGAGGUACGCCUUUGGGGCGGGGCUCGAUUUGGACCUCUUGGGGUUUGAGCUUGACGAAACCACGCUAGUCCCUGGAGUUGCCGUGGAAUCUUCGCGCGCCAGGCCUCUGGCCGCUUGGAUGAAUGGUUUAGAGAUUUGUUCAAUGGAGGUUGAUACAGGCAGAGCGAACCUGGUCUUGUCAGCCGGGGUUUCAACCAGAUAUGUCUACGCCGGGUACCAGAAGAGUGCUGCAACGACGCAGGAGGCAGAAGCGUGGGAGGCGGCAAAGAAGGCCUGCGGUGGCCUGCACUUCCUGGCCAUCCAAGAGAACCUGAAUUCUGAUAGUUGUGUUGGUUUCUGGCUCCUGCUGGACCUGCCCCCACCGCCCGUAUGAUCUGGGUAGCAUGUGUUUUUGUGAUUUCCACUGAGAUCACCGUAGUAUGUGUAGUGCCAACAUCAGAUUUUGCAAUACAAAGGUGUAUUAUUUUAGUUCGUUAAUUACUUAUUACUGCACAGAGGUGUUACUACUUGAAAAAGAAGAAGAGGAAAGGCCAUAAUUUAAAGUUUA